CAUUUAGUGACACUUUCAUUUGAUGGCAUGCAGCGCCAGGUGCUCAUCGGGGCUCGUCGCUUCCUGAGCUCCAGACGCAAGCCAGAGCACUUCCCGUCGCUCGCCACUGCUCUACGAGUGUUUCACGAGCAAAACGGCCAUUUUCUCGUGCCUUACACGUUCCAGGUGCCUCAGAAUGAAGCCCAGAAUUCCAUCGAUAACCCAUGGCCACAGGAGACACAAGGACUCAAUUUAGGCCGCGAGAUCCGCAAAUUCGUCGAUUUAUCGAGCGUCAAAAUCUCACCAGAGUUGCAGAGUGUGCGUCGUCAAUUGGAUGCUGUCGGAUUCCCCCAGAUUCGCGACUGGAAGCGCUUCCAGUGGGAACAAAUGUCGCUUUCAGCCUUGAAGACAUUCAAGCAAAUGCAUGGCGAUCUGCUAGUGACACGCAAUUUUGUGGUACCCGAGGGAGAUCAGCAAUGGCCGAAACCCACGUGGGGGCUGAAAUUGGGCUCCCAUGUGAAUUUUCUGCGUCAAAAUCGCGAUAAAUUGACAUCGUGCCAGGUUCAAGACCUCGACGACAUUGGGUUCGUGUGGGUGGUAGCAGACUACAAUUGGGACGUAUUAUUCAUGCCCGCACUUCGGCGAUAUCGACAGCUUUAUGGUCACUGUGAUGUACCCCAGAAUUUCGUGGCUGGAGAGGAGAAGGACGAAUGGCCGAGAGAACUGCACGGGUACCGGUUAGGGGCGAUGGUGAACCGGGUUCGAGCCACUUCGUAUGCGGAGUAUGUGGAACGUGACAGAGAGGAACUCGAGAAAUUGGGCUUUUACUUCCAUAGCCACGACCAAAAGUGGCAAGAGAGCAUUCUCCCAGCAUUCGAAAUGUAUCAUCGAAUCUAUGGGAACUGCAACAUCCAAACGCACUUCAUCGUGCCGGAAGAGGAGCCAUGGCCACAGUCGAUGUGGGGCAUGCGACUCGGUUUUAUUGCGCGGAAUAUUCGGAACCGAGGAGAUUUUUUCCUACAAGUUGCACGGGACUACGAGAAACUCGAAAAUAUCGGGUUUGUAUGGAACGUAUUUGCAGCCAAGUGGCAGUAUGCAGUGCUCCCAGCGUUGGAUAUUUACGUGCGUGUGUAUGGCCAUGCCAACGUCCCUGCUAACUUCGUGGUGCCAUCAGAGGAUCCGUGGCCAGAGGAGUCGCAUGGAUUGAAGCUAGGAGAGUUGGCAACGAGCUUCUUGCGACGGAAAAUUUUCGCUGAUUUCAUUGAGAUCGACCGUGCGCAGCUUGAGGCGCUGGGGUUCUUUUGGUCCGCUCUUCCAGACGACGAUAUCAGUGGUGCUGACGCGUUCCGAUUGCUGGAAUGAAGAGGAGAUAUCUUGAAUCAACUGUUCUCUGUAUUCAACUCGACUAUAGCCAGCGUCUCUGCUCGUGGGUGUGUCUAAGUACUCACUGACUGCGUUACUUCUUCUCGAUGUUCUUCCACAUGGAGGACGAUGGUUUCUCUGGUGCGGGCUCCGCAUCACCCUUUUCCACAGCCUCGCGGUAUUGCGACGUACGCUCGCGGCCCUUCUGCGCCAUGGUGCUGUAUCGUGGCAGAUAGAUGCCCAACGCCCCAGCUACACCUACUAGCGUCGCGCCGAAGCCCAAGAUGACCGCCUGACCCUUCUUCAUCGUCCUUGCGUCGAAAGGAGCACCGGAAAGCUUGUGCUUGGUUGCUUGUCAAAAUGGUCGUCACAAAAAAAAGUGUUCCAAAAUACGUGGUCCACAUAACAUAAAACUAAAAAAUAGUCCACAAAAUACCCAGAAAUUGAUCAUUUGGGG